AUGCCUGACACAAAUCCCCCAACGAGCGACCUCCAUGUUCUCAUUAUCGGGGCUGGUAUCACAGGCCUUGUGCUAGCCCAAGGACUGAAAAAGGCCGGGAUACGCUUCACCAUUUUCGAAAGAGAACCUGUGGACUAUCAGCCAACUCGAGACUGGGGAAUAGCUAUCCAUUGGUCAGUCCCCAUGCUCGAGAAACUGCUUCCGGCCACUUUAUAUGCACGCCUACCCGAGGUACUCACAGACCCGUGCCACCCUAACAAGAAGAUCUUCGAGGCAGUCUCUAUAUAUAACGGCCAGACAGGAGAGCUACUGAGAGAUACCGGUAUGCCUGGAAUGAUCCGGGUAGACAGGAAUCGAAUGCGGAAACUCUGCGGUACCGGCAUCCUCGUCCAGCAUGAUAAAUCCCUUACCAGUUUAACCUACGGUGCGAACGGCACUGGCGUCACGGCACAUUUCCAUGAUGGAACGACCGCGACCGGGGAUAUUAUCAUUGGCGCUGAUGGAGCACGAUCAAGUGUGCGUGAAUUGUUACUGGGAAAAGAGAAGGCGGCAUUAACAGCGUCACCGGUAAUCAAUCUGAUGGCGAAGGUGAAUUUUAAUGACGCUGAGAGAGCCGCGCAUGUUCGAAGUGGAAAUCCCAUCUUAAAAUUGGCAUUUCACCCUAACGGGGCAAUGAAUUUCACAGUCCAGAAUGUGCUCAAUGAAGACGACCCCAGAACUUGGACUUUCCUUGUCGGUGCUUCAUGGCCUGGAAAAGCUGAGCAAUAUCCAGAUAACGAGACCCGUCUUGCGGCUCUUAGGAAGGCCACGGAAGAUUUCUGUGAGCCCUACCGAUCGGCAACUUUGUGGAUUCCCGAGGGGACUCGCGUUAGCAACAACGGCACUCACUAUUGGGUGACAAUCCCGUGGGAUAAUCAUGAUGGGAGAGUAACCCUAGCUGGCGAUGCCGCGCAUCCUAUGACUCCGCAUCGUGGCCAAGGCCUCAACAAUGGCAUAUUAGAUGUUGUAAAUCUGGUCAACGCAUUGGUUGAACUCCCAGAUAAAUCUAGUCUUCCGGGACUGGUGUCGAAAUACGAAGCAGAGAUGGUGCCUCGGGGAGCUGCAGAGGUAAAGACAUCGGUGGAGAAUUCGAACUUGGCCCACAACUGGGACACAAUUAUGGAGUCCGGUCUAAUUACUAAGGGUGUUGAAAGGAGUGCACUAUGA